UGACCCAGGACCAGAAUGUUAAAUUUCUCCUCUGCUUUCCUGCCGUAAGGUACUCGAGGUGACAACUUCCGUUUCCGGUUGCCGCCGGGUGGAGGUUUGACUGUUGACUGACCUAAGAGGUCAGAUUGCUGUCAGACAUGGCCCAUGGACAUGGACACGAACAUGGUCAUAGUAAAAUGGAACUUCCAGAUUAUAAACAAUGGAAGAUAGAAGGGACACCAUUGGAAACUGUCCAGAAGAAGUUGGCUGCACGAGGGCUAAGGGAUCCAUGGGGCCGCAAUGAAGCUUGGAGAUACAUGGGUGGCUUUGCAAAUAAUGUUUCCUUCGUUGGAGCAUUAUUAAAAGGAUUCAAAUGGGGAUUUGCUGCGUUUGUGGUAGCUGUAGGGGCUGAAUAUUACCUGGAGUCCCAGAAAAAAGAUAAGAAACAUCACUGAAGAUAAUACGUGGAAGUAUCUUUUAAUGUCUUCUUAAUUCUCUUAUAAAAAGAUUUCUUCACUGUAGCCUACUCACCUGUGUGUUUGUUCCUUAAAGAAUACUAGUAAGAUUUAAUAAAAUAAGAAAACAUGUA